AUGAGGAAAAAUGAAAAUGCUGUCAAUUCUCCUGAGAAGGGCCUAGUGUCACAAAACAGCAUGCAAAAUAUCCUACCUGAAGCUCUCAGUCUUCAUUCCUUCCAGCCAACCUCGGUCGCCAACACAAAUUCAGCACUUGGAACGAGUUGGGUGAAACAGGCUGUUUCUACCAAUAGCAAAGUUCCCAUCCCCCGCCAUCGACCAAGCACUGCGCCGCGAUACAACCAUCGAGUGCCUCGAGCUUGCGAAUCCUGUCGGCAGCGCAAAACGAAGUGCAGUGGCGACACCCCGGUGUGUCAGCAGUGUCAAACAUCAAAAGGAACAUGUCUAUACCCUUUAGCGUCGACGGAGAAAUUAAAAAAACAAGUCAAAAAACUGUCCGAAAAAGCGCAAGAUUACGAGAACAUGUUGAAGGAUUUGGGAAACCUCGUUGACACCCGCACUACGGAACGAAUCACGAACUUACUGAGCAAGGUUCGAUACGACUCUGUCGCAGAAGAUGCCCCCUCGUCUCAUAGUGUAACAUUACAUGAUGAGCUUCCCAAUGAGCCAAGCUCGCCCUCGUCUAUUGGCUCACUUGAAGAGAUUGACCGAGUAGAAGAAGACCUUAACCGCAAUAAAAUCUCAAGGGCAACUGGGUUUAUGGGAAAGUCCUCCGAGGUAACUUGGAUGCAACGUCUCCAGAGAGAAGCGAAACGUCACGUGCAAGGAUCGUCGAGCUCCUUGGAGCAUGGCCAAGGCAAGCUGCAAAAUGACCUUGCUCUUCAUACAGUAAACUACCAUCUAGACGAAAUGGGCAUCUCUAUUCCCGAACCGAUGGAAAUAUACGCUAUUCCACCUCGUCAGCUAGCCGAUAGACUACUUGAUGAAUAUUUAAGGACUGUUCACCCGUCUUUUCCUAUCAUUCGCCAAACUCUCUUCACCGCGCAGUAUCGGACGUUUUUUGACAGCAAUGAGCACCCAGGUGAUAAAUGGCUUGCUAUCCUAAAUAUGAUAUUUGCCAUUGGCGCACAGCAUGCCAGUCUCAUUAGGGCUUCAUGGCGCGGGGCGGAUGGAGAUCAUGUCACAUAUCUUGCCCGUGCCAGAAUUCUCAGUAUGAGUGGCCAUGAGUUAUUUAAUCAUCCCGAUUUUCAACAGGUCCAAGUGGAAGGCCUAAUUGCAUUUUAUCUCCUAUCUUCGGGCCAGAUAAAUCGCGCAUGGAGAAUUUCCGCACUGGCAGUCCGAUCCGCUGUUGCGUUAGGGAUCAAUAUGAAAAACAGUAGUCCCACAACACCUAAUAUCGAUAAAGAGGCCCGCUACCGAGUCUGGUGGUGUCUCUACACAUUUGAGCAUCUUUUAGGUAUAAUGACUGGCCGGGCUACCUAUAUUCUGGAUAAUAUUUGCACCACUCCUCUGCCACUUCCUUUUGAGGAUAAUGAGCUCUCUAAUCCAGUGGCCGCGGACAUCCUCAAUGAUACGCAGCUUAGAGAUGAGUGCAUCAACAACGUCAUGGCGAGUGCAUCAGUCCGACAUAUACCUCUCAACCCACUCAAAGGCACAAAAACCUCGCAUCUAGCUCACGUCUAUGAUAGCUCAUGGGUGAAAAGCCUACCUUUAAGCUCUAGCCUCUGCUAUCUAUACUACUGCGACCUAGCGCUUAUCGUCCAGGAAGUCGUGAACAGAGUAUAUUCCACGGAUUGUGUUAUGGAGCCUUGGGCUCAUAUUUUGAAUCGUAUUGGGGAAUUGAGGGUUCGGAUUGACCUAUGGUACCAAAGUCUUCCAGAAAAUUUCAAGUUCUCAGAGAGGAAAGAUGGCCGCCCUGAUUUGCUCCGUUCCAAGUUGGCUUUAAACCUCCACUACUUCAGUGCACGCAUCACGCUUGGACGUCCAUGCCUCUGCCGGCGCGAUGCGCAAAGGGAAAGUUCAGCGAACAGAUCGGCUUUCAGCCGCGAAAUGGCAGAGCUGACUCUACAGUCUGCAAAGCUCAUGCUUGAACUCAUCUCGGAUGAGCCAAAUGUCAUCGAGCUCUACGAGAUCUCCCCGUGGUGGUGUAUCCUGCAUUAUUUAAUGCAGGCAGCGACCGUCAUCCUUUUGAAGAUGUCGUUCUGGAGUGACAAGAUACCGGAAGAAGAGACACACUUUGUGAUCUACGCUAAAAAGUCAAUGCGAUGGCUUUAUGCUAUGUCUGCGCACAGCAUCGCCUCGCAGCGCGCCUGGCAGCUUUGCGACAUCAGUUUGCGGCGUAUAGCGGCCGGCGUGGGAUUCAAUGUCGACGAUAUGCCCUCAGCUUUCGAAUGCCAGCCCACGCCUACCGCUACGCUCGCUCCCAAACACUACUCUUCGCAGAGAUUCCAGUCUGGUUCAACCGAGCUUUGGGAUUCAUUUCUAAAUGACCCCUACCUAGCUUCCCCUGAUGUGCCCUCCACGGGUCCUACGGCAUCGGUAAUGGCUGACCUCCACUUGUCUAACGAUUUGUACUUCCCCUAUGAUCCCAUCAAUGGUGAGUUUAUUCGUUCUUUCUUCCCGCAUUCGGGUGAGGACAGUAAAGAGAUGAUGGAAGAAGGCUGGUAA